GAAAAAGGUAGAGAAUGCAGGAUAAAGAGAUCCUCUCUACUUGAGGUGCCAAUAGACUAUUGUAUUGGUGGAUCGUGAGAUGCACUUAAAGAUAUAUCUCACUCUGGGGCGGAUAGUGGAUACUGUUUCAUUGAUGUUUCAUUAGAGUUAUUUCUUCUUCACUGUUUUUGGCUACUGGUCACGAUGCGAGUACUCCAGCACUUUCAGGCAGGUAGUUUUGUGUCAUAACCAAUAUUGUUCUCUCUUCUUUUCAGCUUACUAUCGCGGGGCUAUGGGCAUAUUGCUGGUCUACGAUGUUACUGACGAAUCGUCAUUUAACAAUAUCAAGAAUUGGAUUCGCAACAUUCAACAGCAUGCUUCGGAUAAUGUUAACAAAAUAUUGGUGGGGAACAAAGCUGACAUGGACGAAAGCAAAAGGGCUGUGCCAACGUCCAAAGGUCAAGCACUGGCUGAUGAGUAUGGGAUUCAGUUCUUUGAAACAAGCGCAAGGACAAACCAAAAUGUGGAAGAAGUUUUCUUCUCCAUAGCAAGAGAUAUAAAGCAGAGGCUAACUGAUAAUAACGCUAGAUCAGAGGCAACUACAAUUAGGAUCAACCAAGAUCAGGCAGCAGGGAGUGGGCAAGCGGCUCAAAAAUCAGCUUGUUGUGGUUGAAGGCUAAGUUUCCAAAGGAGUCAACACCUUGCCCAAGAACAAUGAUGAACGAUGGAAGUACUACUCGCAAGACUACUUUUAUUUUAACGUUGUCAUUCUUUCCAGCAUUUACAUGUGAGAAAAAUCAGAUAUCAAUCCAAAGCCACAUGCCUUUUAUAUAUACAUAUAUAUAUA